GUGACAACGUCCAGGGGCGCAAAUCCGCGGCUCGGGAUGAAUUGACAACUGACUAUUUUAUUUGUUUUCAUCUAUCCAUGAUCGCUGAGAAUAGGCGAUUUUUAAGAGGAAGUUUAAUUUCGAUUUAAGUUCCGAUUAUUUAUUCAAUCGGCUUUUAAAUAACGCUUCAAACGACUUGAAGAGGACUUUUGUUUUCAUGCACGCGACAGUGUUGUUUUGUGGGGCGGGUAACAGGCAGACAUAAGAGACAUGGAUGGAACACAUGACAAAUUUACUGGCAUGGCUUUGGCCAUGUUGUCGUCAGUCGCAAUUGGCUCGAGUUAUGUGAUUACCAAAAAAAGCUUAAUGCAAUCAUCUGAUCGCCAUGGAUUCGAUGGCUCUGGAUUUUCAUACGUCAAAAACCCGCUCUGGUGGUGUGGCACGAUUACUCUUGUUUCUGGCGAACUGAUGAAUACUGUUGCAUAUGCAUUUGCUCCGGCCGUGCUGGUCACGCCAUUGGGAGCACUGAGUGUUUUGAUAGGGGCCGUCCUCGGCGCAUACUUUCUUCAAGAGCGUUUAAACACCGUCGGACGUAUCGGCUGUGCAACUUGCCUUCUGGGAUCAAUACUUCUCGUGCUGCAUGCCCCUGCUGAUCCAGAGAUUGAGACAAUUACCGAGAUCUUCAAACUUGCCACGAAACCAUUUUUCCUAUUAUACCUCUUUUUUGUUGUUGUGUACACCCUCUACGCAGCCAUCCGUCUCGCUCCUAGCCACGGGAAAUCAAACCCUCUGGUUUACAUCAGCAUCUGUUCCCUGAUGGGAUCAAUCUCUGUGAUGUCUGUCAAGGCAUUCGGGAUUGCAGUCCGACUUACUGUCGAAGGAUCGAACCAAUUCGCAAAUGCGUCGACAUAUGUGUUUCUAAUUGCCCUUGUGGUUACGACUGUUUCUCAAACGCAUUAUCUGAAUAAAGCAAUGAGCCAUUUCCCCGCAUCCUUAGUGAACGCAAUUUUUUACGUUGGUUUCACAACAUGCACACUCUCUGCCUCAUUUAUCUUCUACCAAGGAAUAAACACUGACGACCCUACGAACAUUCUCUCCCUGAUUUGCGGGUUUCUGUUGGAUUUUAUGGGGGUGGCUAUCUUGACCUUGUCGAAGAAUGCAGAUUCACUGAAACUUGCUAAGUCAGGCUACAGGGCCGUCGGUCAAGCCGAUGAUGAUGUAGAGUUGGAGCGGACAGAUUGAUUGUAGAUAGAUUAUGUUAUGUUCGUAUUUUGUAUAUUACUACGACUUUUGACAUGGUGGUGUUUGAGUCUUGUUUCUGAGAGGAAAGAGGAUCUGGAAUCCGUGUUUGGAUAUACGUUUUUUCAAUGCUGUAUGAUUAGACAAGAGGGAGAAUGUAUGUAUGUCUAUAGAUAUCAAUAUUGGGGAUAAAUGGGGUAGGGCUUGAGGUAACCUGAAAUUACCAUGUUAAUAGUCAGUGCUCACUAAUGUGAUAUUAUCUAGCC